AUGUCUAAGGAAUUCACCUACUCGGACAUUUCCGAGCACAACACCAAGAAGGACAUCUACAUGGUCGUCCACGACAAGGUCUACGACUGCACAAGCUUCGUCGAUGAGCACCCGAAAAGGAGAUCUCGAUCGAUCACACCACACAGCAUCAGCACAAAGAACCCCCUCCCACAAGAAAACACCCCACUAACCCACCCCUCCCAGUNNGGCGGUGAAGAAGUAAUGCUCGACGUCGGCGGCCAAGACGCCACCGAAGCCUUCGAAGACGUCGGCCACAGUGACGAGGCCCGCGAGAUCCUCGAGGGUCUGCUUGUCGGCACCGUCAAGCGCCAACCCGGCGACCCCGCUCCCAAGUCCUCCGCCCAGCCCACCUCAGCAAAGACAUCUGGCCCUGACGCUGCUGGUCUCGGUGCUGGUCUUUACGCCAUUCUGCUUGUUGGUGGUGCUUUGGCUUACUUCGCAUACUCUUACCUCCAGGCAAAUGGCCAGCCUAAGAACUAA